GGUUUAAGAUUUCAAGUAUAGUUCUUUGUAUGAAUUGGGAUUGCUAGUACAGAGAGAUACAAGAUUAGUGCUCAACCCAGAUGGUUAUCAUUUUAAGGUAUUCAAUUCCCUUGAAGUUCAGGUCGUACUUGAUCAGAAUCAAUGUCAUUCUGAUACUUUUUCUAUUCAAAUUAAUCUCCUUGUGUUGCUGAUGAUCUUUUAGCAACUAAUUACUCAAAGAGACAUCCCAUCAGAAAUGGAACUGCUUAUACUUCUGUUCCUCCCAAUUCCAUUAUUUUGAUUACUUGUAACCUUAUUUAAUGACUUCACUUUUGGGUGAAUUCCCAUUAAUGGUAGUGCUACACAGGUUCUAAUGUUCUAUUAGACUUUUCUUCCUUCGUCCCUGAGCUUUCAGAAGAUGUGAGGGAACUUUCCAUGGAACAAAUUGUGCCUCUAAUGUGUUACCUUUCAGUGUCUUAAAGGGUUGGAGUUCCUGUUCUGUUAACUCUGAGAAUAAAGUACUUGGGCAGCCAUUGUUGAUCAUUGAAGCUAAACGAGAGAUUUCAGCCUUGGCAAGUUCAACACCCACGGAUGAAGAAUUGCACACCGAAAGAGAUUCUUUGCUUUCUUUAUUACUGAUUUAUUACUAGUCUUGCUGCCGCGUCUACCGAGCUCGGAGCUUGGGGUGAAUCACCGGGAGGACCAGAAGUACCAAAGUAGCUGAACGGAGAGAACUUUAGUUCUCCAAUCUUAAAAGGGUGCCAUGGAUAUCCCUCUGCCUCUUAGUAAAUUGGCUAUGCAUUUGGUUAAUCACGACGACAAGGACAAGAAAUAUGUAGUUCUAGUAGCAACUGGAAGUUUCAAUCCUCCUACUUACAUGCAUUUACGAAUGUUGGAAAUGGCGAGAGACGCGUUGAAUUCUGAAGGCUUUUGUGUGAUUGGAGGUUAUAUUUCGCCUGUUAAUGAUGCAUACAACAAGAGGGGACUUAUAUCUGCUGAACAUCGUAUACAAUUGUGUCAUCUAGCCUGCAAAAGUUCGGAAUUUGUAAUGGUUGAUCCAUGGGAGGCAAGACAAAGUACAUUCCAACGAACUUUAACAGUACUGUCUAGAGUCAAGGGCUUCUUUUCCGCAUCUGGGCUGAUACCCAGUGAAUCCCUGAAGUGCAUGCUUGUCUGUGGUUCUGAUCUACUCCACUCUUUUAGCAUUCCUGGAGUUUGGAUUCCCGACCAGAUCAGGGGCAUAUGUAGAGAUUAUGGUGUGGUUUGCAUUCGCAGGGAGGGACAAGAUGUUGACAAGAUAAUGUCAAAUGACGAUAUUUUGAGGGAGAAUAGGGGUAACAUAAGAAUUGUGGAUGAGCUUGUACCAAACCAAAUAAGCUCAACAAGAGUAAGGGAUUGCAUCUCAAGAGGAUUGUCGAUAAAAUAUCUGACUGCAGAUAAAGUAAUUGAUUAUAUUAAAGAGCAACAUCUCUUCUUGAACUCAGAUGACAAAUGA